AUGAACCAAAAACGUACCGUAUCAUCAAUCAUUACAAGAAGUUCAAUUGAAAAUAGUUUUUUUACUGUAAUCGAUCAUAAUAUUACUAGCAGUACAGAAAUAGAAGUAAUAGUGAAUAUUUGGGUUAACAAAUUCAAAGAAAACCCUAGAACUGGAAUUAAUAAAUGUUUUGAAGCAUUGGCAAAAACUGGUUCAUUGAUUUCMCCCGAAAAAAUCAAAAAAUCAAUAGAGAUCCAUAAAUCCUUAGAACUUUUCACUGCARUUUUUCACCAUCAUAGUAACUUAUUUUUGGAAAAAGAUGCAGAUAAAAGUUAUUUUACAUUCCUGAGAGAUAUUCUUACUAGAAUAUCACAAUCUGAUUUUGUCGGACCUAGACUUCUUGCUACAAGUUUUGGUUUGAAAAUAAUAACUGGUUUGGUACAGUCAAAUAAUAUAGAACUUAUAAAGAACGAUCUUGAAAUAUUGUACACUGAGUUUUUAAUAAAACGAUGGAAAGAUACAUUUUAUAGUGUACGAGAAAAAGUGUUACUAGAACUAGCAUUUUGGAUAAAUAUUGAUUUUAUUUAUUUUAUUAAUGAUUUUUGGAUGUAYAUUUAUUGGGCACUAGGAGAUCAAAGUACAAGUGUACAAACUAUAGCUCUUAAAAUGGCUAAUGACAUAUUAUUAAAUACUCACAGUAAUAUUCCUAAAGUGAGGGUGUUGAUAAAAAAAAUAAUUUCCGUUCUAGCUAACCUACUUUUAUCGACUAAUGAUGGAGUGGUAAUKUCAGCUUUAAAUUUAUAUUCCAUAUUGCCAAGUUUAGRCGAUGAAGAURAUGAAGAAUAUCACAUGAAUAAGGUUGAGUCAAUAGCAUUAGAAUUAGUUUUUUCUGAAAAAUCUAAAAUUGCCCGAGUUGCGGCAAAACAUUUUGUCAACCAAAUGGUUAAUUCUCAACCAAAUGCAUUUGAGCAAUUGAAAGUUCUUAUAGUCAUUUUAGAAGGUGUUCCAUUGCAGAUUAGAUUGAUUGCAGCGUCCUGUUUUGUCGAUGCURUUUAUGAUUUGUGCCCUUUACUCACAGACUUAAAAUUAAUAUCUCAAUUUUUAACUUCAGACAAUCUUGAAGAUGUAGAAAAAAACAAUUUUAUGAUUUUAUUCAUGUAUGUUGUUAAAUGGUUAAUUACUGGUAUUAAGCCUGAACAGAAAAUGGCUUUUAUGGGAGACCGAAAUGAUAUUAAUCAGUUACAUAUUAAUACAAUUAAAAAAACAGAAUAUACUACUUAUAUGGUGAUGCAUUUACUAAAUCAAUUUAAUGAAUGUAAUACACCUACACAUGCAUUUUCGCUAUGGAUUUUACUUCAGUUUAUUGAUUUUAAGUUACUUCAAGAUAAAAAGAUAAUACCCRAUAUAUUAGAUCAAGCAUCAUUAUUUUAUCAAACUUGGAAUAUUCCUACUGUCUUAGAGUUGAUUUCAAAAUGCAUUAAUACUAUGUCUUCAAAUCUAGAAGGUUCUGAUCAAAGUUUAUGUUUAAAAUAUAUUAAAGAUAUUGCACAAGCAAACAUUAAYACUUUAAAAGCUGAAAUUGAAAAUCCAACUAAAAAUACAACAAACAUAUUGAGCCAAAAAAAUGCUUUAAUUAAAAUGUGGUCUCUAGCCAAAUAUAACCUUAUACCUGAUGACUUGGAACCAUUGAAAUAUUUAUCUUAUUAUGUACCCAACCUAUACAAUAAUGWAUCAACCAAUUUAAUUGUUUCAGAAUUUGCUUUGAGUGCUUUCAUGGAAGUAUUCAGAAGAAAAAUAUUAAAAGUACCUACAGAUCAGCAAAAUAAUUUUGCUAUUGAACAGUCUGAAAUUACUAUGGAAAAUACAUAUAUUAGUUUUUUAAAUGCUAUGUUAAAUAUAUCAAGUAAAUAUGACCGUCAAAUUGUAAACAUCUGUGAAACUGCAUUUUUAAUUGUUGAUGACUUACUACGAAUUAGAUUUAACCUAGAUAAAGAUAAUUAUAUUCUUGAUGAUGACCAAAAUAUAAGAUUAAAUGAGUUUAUUUUUUCUUUAUUCAAUAACUAUGAAUACAAUGAUGAUUUAAGUACUUUAAGACUUGUAGAAGUAUUUAUACAACUUAUACAAGAUGGUCUUAUUGAAAUGAAUCAUUUAAUUACACUAUUGCAGUUUGUAAAAAAGGUACUCACRCAGCUUAACUAA